UGAUGUAAAUAUAAAACCACUUCAGCAUCUUCCAUGCCUCCUUUUUUCUUGGUCGAAGCAUUCCCCAUAUAAAAAAAAAAAAACAAAAAAAAAGUGAAGUGAGAGAUUAAUUGGAAAAAACUCAAAGUUGAGCCGUAAGUAAAAUAAAGUUUAGAGGUAGUUGAAUCUUGAAAAUUUAUGGUAGAAACUUUCAUUCCAGUACACCCUCCAAAUCAGGAGUGGGAAUAUUAGACACAUAAGCUCCACAACAGCAUUAUUCAGAAUCACAACAUAAUCGAUUAGUCCAUGCAAUGCAGCAAUGCAACCAUUCAGAAAACCAAAGCUAUGUCAACAGCUCCAUCACCUUUUUAGAUUCACUACCACACUGAAUCUUCAUCUUCCCCAAAUCAAAUCCUUAUCCACUGAUUCCAAUGACCCAAAAUCAUCAUCACCACUUCCCAAUCCAAUCGAUGCAGGCUCAUCUAACCGAAAACCCAUCAGUUUAUGGCCAGGGAUGCAUCAUUCCCCAGCCACUCACGCUCUUUGGGAAGCAAGAUCCACCAUUUUUGAAAAUACCAUUAAUGGCAAUAGUAAUAGCAAUGACCCUCAUCCAAAAUCUCCAUCUCAAAGUAGAACAAGUAUCUUGUAUAAUUUCUCUUCUGAUCUUAUACUUCGUGAGCAAUAUAGAAACCCUUGGAAUCAUAUAAGAAUGGGGAAGCUUGUUGAGGAUUUUGAUGCUCUUGCUGGAACAAUUGCUUUAAAGCAUUGUUGUAAUGAAGAUGGUAGUACAAGACCUCUUUUGUUGGUUACUGCUGCUGUUGAUAAGAUGGUUCUUAAGAAACCGAUUCGGAUUGAUGCUGAUUUUGCUAUUGUUGGUGCUGUUACGUGGGUUGGUCGGUCGUCUAUGGAGAUUCAAUUGGAAAUGAUUCAGUCACCAAAUGCAGGAAAUCCAGAUACCUCAGACUCACCUGCAAUUGUUGCUAACUUCACAUUUGUGGCUCGUGACACUAACACAGGAAAGGCAGUCCCAAUCAACCAGGUCUCACCUGAAACCGAGAAAGAAAGAUUGCUCUGGGAAGAAGCAGAACAGGGAAACAAAUUAAGGAAAAAAAAGAAGGAAGAACAAAAACAUGGAGAGAAUGCAGACAAUGCCAGGCUCCGUGCACUAUUAACUGAAGGGCGUAUCUUCUCUGAUAUGCCGGCAUUGGCAGACAGAGACAGCAUCCUAAUAAAAGAUACUUGCCUUCAAAACUCUUUUAUCUGCCAGCCACAACAAAGAAACAUCCAUGGUCGUAUUUUUGGGGGAUUUUUGAUGAGAAGAGCUUUUGAACUUGCCUUUUCAACAGCUUAUGUCUUUGCUGGUGCAGCACCUCAUUUCUUGGAAGUUGAUCAUGUUGAUUUUUUUAAACCUGUGGAUGUUGGAAGUUUUCUUCGUCUCAAGUCUUGUGUUCUGUACACUGAACUUGAAAAUCCAGCUAGACCCCUGGUGAAUGUGGAAGUAAUCGCGCAUGUCACAAAGCCUGAACUUCGAUCAAGCGAGGUAUCCAACAGAUUCUACUUCACAUUUGGUGUUGAUCCUGAGGCCGUUAAAAAUGGAUUGAGGAUCCGAAAUGUUGUUCCUGGUACAGAAGUGGAAGCACAGAAGGUGCUUGAACGCAUAGAUGCUGAGAACUCUUGAUUUUGUUGAAUCAGGAUAGUGCUGGUACGUCUAAGGUGAGGGAAUGGUCAAGUCCAUCACUGGUGAGGUAAUUAAAUUUUACCAUAUGAUUGGUUCAAUGGUUUAGAAUCUAUUACUUUAGAUGUGUUCUAUUUAAGCGUAGAGAACACUUACACCUCUCCACACACAAUCACAAACCACAAUUCUCAACAAAAAAUUGCAUUAACCACGACUUAUUUUCAACCAAAUCUUGUCCAAUCCAAAACUCCCUCCUCACCAUCGCCGGCGACAUUCAACGCCAUCCACGGUGGCGAAUCACACCACCAACCACCACACAACAAACGACGGCCACCAACUACGACAUUUUCUCUCAUUUCUGUUUCGAUCCAAAACUCUCUAACCUUUGGUCAUUUACUUCUUCGUCCUUUCCCAUCUUCUUCGAAAAACUCUAAUAUACAUGUAUAAGACCAAUUCUAAAACACAUGUCACAAUAUCUCAAUAUUUCAUAAGACCAUCAAGAACACAGAGCACAAAACCAAAACUAAUAUAUUGUGUUUUUGAAUAUAUAGACCAAUAUAUUGAGACAAAAAUUGCUGCCUUUUUAAAUAUAAGACCAUCACUCAAAAUCAAUAUAUAAAAAUCCAUCAUUUUAAUUAAGAAAUUUUAAUUUCUAGACAAAUACCAAUACCUGGACUUUUUUCUCCUUGCAGCAACUUUGGUUACAUCAACCACCCAAUUGUAAUCUUCAUAAAGAUCACGAUGUAACCAAUCAUCAUCACCAUCUGACGAAUCGUCAUCAGUGUCGACUUCAAACACGAUAUAUUGGUCUUAUAUAUUCAAAACCACGAUACAUUGGUUUUGUGAUCUUGAUGGUCUUAUAUAAUAUUGUGACAUGUGUUUUUGAAUUGGUCUUAUCAGUGUAUGUUACAAAAUUAUCACUUUGCAUUUGCCAUUUCUUUGAAGUGAUUACACUGUUAAAAUUGCAAAUGAUGUUAUAUCCAUUUCAUUUUGUAGCAUAUUCCUGCCAACACAUCAAUGUUUGUCAUAAAAAAAAUAAAAAAUAAAAACGUGAGUCAGUUAACCUUUGCUAGGAGGGCAAUGAUGCAAUGAGGUCAUAACUUCAAACAGAGGUGAGUAUGAAAAGUAUAUUGGAGAAAAGAGGAUAAACUUGUGAGGAAAGCAGCUCAAGGUCGGGGACAAAUUAUAGUUUUCUCUUGAUGAGCCACUGAAUAAUCUGUUUGUUCAAAUUGUUCGCCGCAAUGCACGUAGCUGAACAAUUUAUGGAAGAAAAAAAAUUAAUGUACGUAACAUUACGACUUCAUAUGGUGUAUUGAGUUGAUCUGUUAAGCUUAAACUACAAUUUGAGGUUGUGUUCUAACCACAAAUACAAUGUUGUUUGUUUUGAAACACCUGGUUGUCUAUCUAUUAUAGCUUAAUGUUGUUUGACUAUCUA